AUGUCGAUCACUCAUAUUGAUUCACUAUCCCAACUUAAUGAUAUUCUUAAAAAAACUGGAGAUAAACUUUCAGUUAUAGAUUUUCAUGCGACAUGGUGUGGCCCUUGCCACGCAAUUGCGCCCAAGUUUGAGUCGCUGGCGAAGGAAUACACGAAUGUGACCUUUUUAAAAUGUGAUGUUGAUGCUGCAUCCGAAGUCGCAAAGCAAUAUUCUGUUUCAGCUAUGCCUACAUUUGUGUUCAUCAAGAAUAGCAAAAAGGCGGGUAGUAUCGAUCAAGUACGUGGUGCCGAUCCCAGGGCACUUGAAGCCACAAUUCGUUCGCAUGCUACUCCGGGUGCAUUCUCUGGAAAAGGUCAAACUUUGGGAUCAUCUGGUACCACGAACACCAAUGAUAACAAUGCUGGAGGUCGUGUCCUCGGCAUGGACCCCCAGAUGCAACUUCUUUUGGCGUUGGUCGGCGGGUAUCUAUUCUUGACAUACUUCGUAUUUUGA